AUGGGACUUGGCGAUGGCAGAGAUCAGUAUGAAUUGGCGGCGACGUCAGAGCAAGGUGGGAAGAAGAAAAACAAAAACAAAAAGAAGGAUAAGGAUAAGGACAUGGAUGAACUUAAAAAGGAAGUUGAUUUGGAUGAUCACAAGCUGACCCUGGAUGAGCUUCACAAUAAAUAUGGUACAGACUUGAGCAAGGGGCUGACUAGUUCCCGUGCUGUGGAGAUACUUGCCCGUGAUGGGCCCAAUGCCCUGACUCCUCCCCCCACCACACCAGAGUGGGUAAAAUUCUGUAAGCAGAUGUUUGGAGGGUUUUCCAUGCUACUUUGGACUGGUGCGGUCCUCUGUUUCCUUGCCUAUGGAAUACAAGCUGCAAUGGAGGAUGAACCUGCCAAUGAUAAUUUGUACCUGGGUGUUGUACUUUCUGCUGUCGUCAUCAUCACUGGCUGCUUCUCAUACUACCAAGAGGCCAAAAGCUCUAAGAUCAUGGACUCCUUCAAGAACUUGGUUCCUCAGCAAGCUUUGGUUAUUCGGGAUGGGGAGAAGAAGCACAUUAAUGCUGAGGACGUUGUGUUGGGUGAUUUGGUAGAGGUGAAAGGUGGAGACAGGAUUCCUGCAGACAUUCGUAUCAUCUCGGCUCAUGGCUGCAAGGUGGAUAACUCCUCUCUCACCGGCGAAUCUGAGCCCCAGACCCGCUCCCCCGACUUCUCAAACGAGAACCCGCUGGAAACCAGGAACAUCGCUUUCUUUUCCACCAACUGUGUGGAAGGCACUGCCCGUGGUAUUGUCAUCAGCACUGGUGAUCGCACUGUAAUGGGACGCAUCGCCACCUUGGCAUCCGGUUUAGAAGUGGGCCGCACUCCCAUCUCCAUUGAAAUCGAGCACUUUAUCCACAUAAUCACGGGCGUAGCUGUGUUUCUGGGCGUCUCUUUCUUCAUCCUUUCCCUCAUCCUGGGUUACUCCUGGCUUGAGGCCGUCAUCUUCCUCAUUGGUAUUAUUGUAGCCAAUGUGCCCGAGGGUCUUCUUGCCACCGUUACUGUCUGUCUCACCCUGACAGCCAAACGCAUGGCUAAGAAGAACUGCCUUGUGAAGAACCUGGAGGCUGUAGAGACCCUGGGUUCCACUUCCACCAUCUGCUCAGAUAAGACGGGCACACUGACUCAGAACCGCAUGACUGUGGCUCACAUGUGGUUUGAUAACCAGAUCCAUGAGGCUGACACCACAGAAAACCAGAGUGGGACAUCCUUUGACCGUAGCUCAGCCUCCUGGACCUGCCUUGCACGCAUUGCCGGCCUCUGCAACAGGGCUGUGUUCUUGGCUGAACAGUCUGAAGUACCCAUCCUUAAAAGGGAUGUAGCUGGAGAUGCUUCAGAGUCAGCCCUGCUGAAGUGUAUUGAACUGUGCUGUGGUUCCGUAAAGGAGAUGAGGGAAAAACACACAAAGAUAGCAGAAAUCCCUUUUAACUCCACCAACAAAUACCAGGUCUCAAUCCACAAGAAUCCCAAUGCCGCCACAGAGUCCAAACACCUGUUGGUAAUGAAAGGAGCUCCAGAGAGAAUUCUAGACCGGUGCUCCACAAUAAUGAUUCAUGGAAAGGAACAGCCACUGGAUGACGAGAUGAAAGAUGCCUUCCAGAAUGCCUAUCUUGAGCUGGGAGGCCUUGGAGAGAGAGUAUUGGGAUUCUGUCACUUCUACCUCCCCGAUGAUCAGUUCCCAGAGGGCUUUCAGUUUGACACAGAUGACGUGAACUUCCCCACGGAGAGCCUUUGCUUUGUGGGCCUUAUGUCCAUGAUUGACCCUCCUCGUGCUGCUGUACCAGACGCCGUAGGCAAGUGUAGAAGCGCUGGAAUCAAGGUCAUCAUGGUCACUGGUGAUCAUCCAAUUACUGCUAAGGCCAUUGCUAAAGGUGUUGGGAUCAUCUCUGAGGGUAACGAGACUGUGGAAGACAUCGCAGCGCGUUUGAACAUUCCUGUUAAUGAAGUCAAUCCAAGAGAUGCAAAGGCCUGUGUGGUCCAUGGUGGAGACCUUAAGGACCUCACUCCAGAGCAGUUGGAUGACAUUCUUAAACAUCAUACUGAGAUUGUAUUUGCCAGAACCUCUCCCCAGCAAAAACUGAUCAUUGUUGAAGGAUGCCAGCGUCAGGGAGCCAUUGUUGCUGUGACAGGUGAUGGUGUGAAUGAUUCUCCCGCUCUGAAGAAGGCUGAUAUUGGUGUAGCCAUGGGAAUUGCUGGCUCAGAUGUCUCCAAGCAGGCUGCUGACAUGAUUCUUCUUGACGAUAACUUUGCCUCCAUUGUGACGGGAGUCGAAGAAGGUCGUUUGAUUUUUGACAACCUGAAGAAGUCCAUUGCCUAUACUCUAACCAGCAACAUACCUGAGAUCACUCCUUUCCUACUUUUCAUCAUUGCCAACAUCCCCUUGCCCUUGGGCACUGUUACCAUCCUGUGUAUUGAUCUGGGAACAGACAUGGUGCCUGCCAUUUCCCUUGCUUAUGAAGCAGCUGAGAGUGACAUUAUGAAAAGGCAACCCAGAAAUCCCAAAACAGACAAACUGGUGAAUGAAAGACUUAUCAGCAUAGCCUAUGGCCAAAUAGGUAUGAUCCAGGCUCUGGCUGGAUUUUUCACCUAUUUUGUUAUCCUUGCUGAAAAUGGCUUCCUACCAUCAACACUGCUUGGCAUUCGUGUUGGCUGGGAUGAUAAGUAUGUCAAUGACCUGGAGGACAGCUAUGGCCAGCAGUGGACAUAUGAACAGAGAAAGAUUGUGGAGUUUACCUGCCACACUGCCUUCUUCACCAGUAUUGUGGUUGUGCAAUGGGCUGACUUAGUAAUUUGCAAGACUAGGAGGAACUCCCUCUUCCAGCAAGGAAUGAAAAAUAAAAUCCUCAUCUUUGGACUGUUUGAGGAAACAGCUCUGGCAGCCUUUCUGUCCUACUGUCCAGGGAUGGAUGUAGCUCUAAGAAUGUAUCCUCUCAAACCCAACUGGUGGUUCUGCGCCUUCCCAUACUCUCUCCUCAUCUUUAUUUAUGAUGAAAUUAGAAAACUCAUCCUCAGACGAAAUCCAGGAGGUUGGGUGGAGAGAGAGACAUACUACUAG